AAAAAAGGAUGCCUCAAAAUAUUAGUGAAUUAACCAAAUUUAUGGUUGAAGAAUGGGAUGCAAUCCCUCAGUUAACGGUGAAUAAUUUAGUAAUGUCCAUGAAAACCAGAUGUGAAAUAGUUUUGGAGAAAAACG